CCCUGGAGAACCAGAGGUUCAAGGCAGCCCUGGAAAACAGUUGGCAUUUACUGUGGGACUCUGCUGUCAGCGUGGAGGAUGCAGGCGAAGGCAGGCACAGAGGAAGAUGACAAGGGAGCACUGGAGAUGUCUUUUCAUGUCAACAUGAUGAAUUCUGACUGGGCCCUGAAAAGCUUGGGUGCCACCAUUGACAUGAAGAGAACUUCCCCCACCUACAGGUGCGGAUGGAAGUGGGGCUACAGUCUUUUGCUGAACAGAAGGUGCACUGAGGAUGAGCCUGACACCAUCUUGCAGAUGGAUGUCUCCCAGGGCAAGCGCUGGUGUUUCCCAGGGCAUUUUGGCCACGUUGUCAUCAGGCUGCCAGCCCGAGUCCACCUGACUGCCAUCGCUGUGCAGCACAUCGUUGAGGAAGACUCCUUGUCUGUGGCUGCCAGCAGUGCUCCCAAAGGCCUGGCUGUCUAUGGAUUUGAGGCUGAAAGUGAAGAGGAAACUUGGCUCGGUUCGUUCAUCUAUGAUGUGGCAAAAGAGUCCAUUCAGCCCUUCUCUCUGAAGGUACGGGUCAUCAAUGUAGAGGCAGAACUCAGCUUGCCACCCAGGGUCAGCAAUGUAGAGGCAGAACUCAGCUUGCCACCUAGGGUGAGCAAUGUAGAGGCAGAAGUCAUCUUGCCACGUAGGUUCGUCAGUGUAGAGACCCAAGUCAGCUUGCCACUAGCUCCCAGCUCGGACACUGCUCCAGAGCAGCCGGCGGCAGAGUGCCACAGAGCCCAAGAAGAUGCAGGGAUGAUCUUCAGCCUCGCCUGCACACUGGCAGUCUGCCUGUGGAACUGGCUGCAACACACACACCCCUUUGCUAGGCUGAAGACAUCCCUGGAGAACCAGAGGUUCAAGGCAGCCCUGGAAAACAGGUUCUUGGUGCUGCUCGUAGUGCUUCUGGUUGGCAUUUACUGUGGGACUCUGCUGUCAGCGUGGAGGAUGCAGGCGAAGGCAGGCACAGAGGAAGAUGACAAGGGAGCACUGGAGAUGUCUUUUCAUGUCAACAUGAUGAAUUCUGACUGGGCCCUGAAAAGCUUGGGUGCCACCAUUGACAUGAAGAGAACUUCCCCCACCUACAGGUGCGGAUGGAAGUGGGGCUACAGUCUUUUGCUGAACAGAAGGUGCACUGAGGAUGAGCCUGACACCAUCUUGCAGAUGGAUGUCUCCCAGGGCAAGCGCUGGUGUUUCCCAGGGCAUUCUGGCCACGUUGUCAUCAGGCUGCCAGCCCGAGUCCACCUGACUGCCAUCGCUGUGCAGCACAUCGUUGAGGAAGACUCCUUGUCUGUGGCUGCCAGCAGUGCUCCCAAAGGCCUGGCUGUCUAUGGAUUUGAGGCUGAAAGUGAAGAGGAAACUUGGCUCGGUUCGUUCAUCUAUGAUGUGGCAAAAGAGUCCAUUCAGCCCUUCUCUCUGAAGGGAUGAUCUUCAGCCUCGCCUGCACACUGGCAGUCUGCCUGUGGAACUGGCUGCAACACACACACCCCUUUGCUAGG